AUGUAUGGCAUAUGCCUAUCCUCUUCUGCUUUAACCGGGAAUGACUCCGCAAUAAUCGUGUUCACAUAUGCUAUCUGCGUUUUGUUCUGCAAUCUGAUUGUCAUCUUUUCGGCGUGGUUCUACCUCCACAGAUUUGUAUCAUCAGAAGGAGCCCUUGGGGGUAUGAAUACAAUCGCACGCAUUUUAUUGAGAGAUGGAACGAUGUAUCUUACCCCGCUCUACAGAGCUCUCUCGGCUCUCAACCUCGAACGUGUCAUUUUUUACACAUGCCACUCUAGUGUUGUUCUAGAUUACAUUUUGAUUGUCUUGGUCGGACUGGCGCGACCACUGUCCUCCAUCGUCCUGUCUCGUUUGCUGCUACAUCUUCAGGCAGCCUCAUCCGAGGCACAAGCAUCGCACACUGGUGGCUACUAUGGGGCACACACCAAGACCUGGCUCCAAGACCUUGAAUUUGCGCGCUCGCAGAUCCUGUGCUCCGAGCUCGUAUCGAGGUCAUCAGCGGAUGUGGCAGAAGUGAUGCACGCAGAUGGAACAAGCUACAGCGAUCCAGAGGAUGGAACGAAUCGGGAGGAAUAG